AUGGCUACAACCGGUCCUCCUGCCCCAAACACUCCUGGGGUUACAUACCUCAAUGUCCCCGCCAUCAGAGCUGAGCUUGAUGGAAUCAAGAAGGGCACUUCAGAAGGGCAUGUUGCUGGCGUCUGGAACGCCAUUCUGUCCUGGAUGUUCCCCGUGACUGACGGAUAUGUUACUCGGCCCCAAGACAUCCAUCGAUAUUUUGGGGGUGCCAAGGGGUUUUCGGACCUCCAUACUUUCCAGUACGACGCCGCUGGUCGGCGUCGUUUCUUUCUUAUUGUACAAUGCAAGCCAUACUCAUCCGAAGGCAGCACAGCCGACUGGCAAGAGGCGGCCAACCAGCUGAGGGAUUACCUCAGCGCGAUACACAAGACACGCCCCGCCGGACGGAGGACUCGUGUCUACGGAAUCGCCGCCUUAGGAAGGCGGGUCCGUUUUUUCGAGUACAAUGAUUUGACCCGAAACGCCAAUGGAUGGAGACCGAGCGGAACCUGGGCAGUGACACACAACGGGAGGGAGUUUUAUGACAUGAGACGGGAGGCCACAGAGGUUCAGAGUGCCCUAGAUUUUAUUCUUAACAAUCAUUGA